UAGAAGGCGCGCGCCGAUAGAGAGGGGGCAGUUUCCAAUGUGAUUAAUCGCAAUCGCUCCCCCGCUGACCCGGGAACCAUCAACAAGCGCGUCGUGGACAGGAACAAUGGCAAACAAGAAAAGUCCACCGUCUGAUGCUCCUGCGACUAAGCAGAACGCAUCUCCCGCCGCCACGACGGCGAGCAAAGCACCAGUGGAGAUUUCGGGCGAGGUCAUCGACGUGGACGACAUGUCUGGGGAGCCAAUACUCCGCCGGCAGCGAUUCUACACGCCGGAGACCUGCAAAAUCAAGGAGAUGAGCCCGGAAGCCACCAUGAUGAACCAGCUGAUGACGUUAUUUCACCCGGAGCUGGUGUUCGAGCCCGAGCUGGCGCUGAAAAAAGAGUUUCUGCUCUGCGUCGUGUCCAAGGGUCUGGCGCGCGGAAUGAUAUUCGCCGGCGGGGGCACGGGGCUGCGGUACCACCGACCCAAGUACCCCGUGUUGCUGGACACGCAGAACGUGAUUAUCGGUAGCGAGGUCUUCGACAAGGAAAAAUUCAAGAGAGAGCAUGAACAUAUCCACCGGGCGCGAAUUUACCGUACCCUGAUUGCACGAAACAAGUUGCUUUCUCGCAUGACAAGUCCUUGCCCAGACUGCACAUAUUACAUUUAGCGUUACAAAUGUGGGCAGCUUUCAAGUUCACAGACUUUGAGUUUGUACUUCUCGGCAUUUUGAUGUACUUGUGCGGUGGAUUUGUGUUUCAUAUUCAUAGAACAGAUGACAGCCGACGGAGCAGAUGGUGAAGGAGGAGGCUCGUCGUCUUCAUCAAAGUCAGGUUCUGGUGACAGCGAAAAAAAACCGGCAGGAUCCUCUGGGUCUACAAAAACUAGCAGCUCUUCCUCCUCGUCCUCUAGUAGCGCAGUUGAGACCUCCAGAACCAGAACAGCCGGCGAAGACGAGGAGCUCAAGCGUUCGUCUGCAGAUGCAGCAGUCGCUGGGAACGUCGAAGCUGUGCAUUUCGAUGCUACGGGGGGACUACAGGAGGCGCAGACUGAGGACGAGGAAAAGGGCAGCUAUUCGAGCAGCCACAAAAUGGAUAGCACCUCUGUUGAGCACGAUGCGUCUUCAUCUGAACACUUGAGCAGUGCGGGAGACGGAACGACUACCGUGUACAAAACGCGAAAAGGACGCUACUUGCGGUCCGAGAAGUUGAAACAACUGCAGGGCGACGACAAGAGGAAGAGCGGUACGCAGUGCACAAGCAUCGCACCAGUCCACGAUGACCACCUACACCUUGCUGCAGCUGCAUUCGUAAACUUCACAAAGAUGAAGUGAAAGUUGAGAAAAUGACCUGUAAUAGUGCUAAGAAUGCUGGUAGCUAGAAGCUUCAUUUGUGUUGGAUGAUCGUAUCAAGAUGAAGUUCUAGACCGAGUGCGAUGUAACUUUUGCAGAGUAUACCAGACAGUUGGAAUAUCGAUGCGGCGAUCUCCGCCCUGGAGGAAAAAUUGGACCGGAGAGAGCGGGACGAAGCCGGGAGCUCGACAGAUGAUGGCGGUUCGUCCGCAUUAAGCGGAGCGGGCGAGCAAAUUUCCCUUGCCGCGCAAAGGACGACGGCGCUGGGGCUACCGCCUUUCCA